AUGAACGGCGGAGAUACGACAAGCAGCGAUAGCCUCGCCGCCGCCAAGGACGAGGCCUAUCUACAACGAGACAGCGUGGAGCAAUUGACUACGCGCGCCUUGCGCUUCCUUUCGACAGCUUCGAGUGAGACGAUCGGCGGAAUUGCUGUUGGGCUGGCAGCAUGCACAUACUUGGUCUUGGGCAGAGUGGGACUCGUACUGAUAGGGGCGCUCGGGGGAAUUGCUCUACAUGCAACGUGGGAAGGCCAAAAUUCCCUUACUGGCACAGAUGGGGACGCGCGAAGGGAGAAGGGACUUGAUAUUGUCAAGAGGAUAUUGGACUUCAGAGAAAACCAUGCAAAUGACCUGGACGACGACGAAGAGCCUGAGAACGGCACCGUGGGAACUGGUUUUGACGCCUUCCAGCCAGAAACUGCAGCGGCUCUAAAUGAACUGGUGGAAGCGGUCAUCAAGGAUUAUGUUAAGUGGUGGUAUCAUCCCAUGCUUCCUAAAGAACAGUCUUUUCCAGCAGCAUCCCGUCAAACACUCACAAAAUUUAUCUUGUCCGUCUCUUGUCAUCUCUCGAGAAAGCGUCCGGCCGAUGUGUUCCUCGACUUCCUCACGAAUUCCUCCUCGAUCGCCAUAGUCUUUCUCAAUGAAUUGUCCAGCGCACUCUCUAUCUCGCAGGGCUCUACCGUCCCGGCCGCCGAAGCUAUACAAAAGUACCUGGCCGCCAAUCCCGAAUCGAACCUCGCCAAUGUGCUGAGUACGAGACAGCAGGCGAAGAAGUUCAAGAUGAUUGCCGGAGAUAUAUUGCAGAACUUUUUGGAGAAGCCAGCAUACGACUGCAUCCCAGUGAGAAUCUUCUUGAGGGAGGUUCUAGCAGGGAUGGUUCUCGAGGGAGCUCUCAAGAGCUGCUCUAAACCUGAAUGGAUCAAUAAGUGGAUAAUCUAUCUUCUUGAACAAGGGGAGCCAGACAUCAGUCAGGCUAUAGACGCAGGGGUGGGUACCGGAAAUGGGUUUGCAGACUCUUUAGAUGUCAUUGACGGUAAUGUUGGGAACAUCGGGAUUGCGAAACCAUCAAAAUCGCAAGUUGCGAAGCAAGAGGAUAAGAAACAUAAGAAACGUCUGAGUAAGGCAGAAGAGGCUAUGGAGGAGGCCAUGCAAGAAGCCAGGAGGCUCUCUCAGUUGAUAGCGGCUGAGGAUGCAAAGAAGCUCCAGAAAGCAGAACGAAUAUCUGAAGAGAUACCAAAGUCUCUUGUAGCAGUUUCCGGACCAAAUUCCCAGUCACAGGAUCCCAAUCCAACAAGACUCACCACUACUUCUUCCACAAGCCUCGAUCAGAUCGUGGCUCAACCAGAUCCCACUGCCUCUCAAGAUGAACCCCCAAUCACUCGCAGCAAGACAGCCUCCCUGACACUCCACAAUGCAAACAUUCUAAUUCAUGAUGAUUCGAUGCCAGUGGACAAAGGAAAAAUACGCAGCAAGCCAACCGGAGACUAUCUCCUACAAAUCGAGCCAGCAUCUUCCCAACAUCCUGGGUGGAUGACUGUACGGAGAUACUCUGAUUUCGAAACAUUACAUGAGGUUUUGAGACGCAUUGCACAAGUUUCAGGCGUCAUAGCCUUCGCAGAACAGCACCAAGCCCUUCCCAGCUGGAAGGAUCAUACAAAGGCUUCCUUGCGUGGAGAGCUAGAGCGCUAUUUACGUGAUGCCUGCUGGUAUCAACCUCUUGCAGAAAGUGAAGGGAUGAAGCGUUUUCUUGAAAAGGAUCCAGGGCAAUCGUCAAAUUUGAAUCAAAAGUCAGGCUUUUCAGGAAUUGGUUGGUCGCCAUCAGCUUUCGAAAAUAUGGGCAAGGGAGUACUGGAUGCGCUUACAAGCGCACCUAAAGGCGUUGCUGAGGGCGGCAAGGUGAUCAGUGGUGGUAUAACUGGCGUUUUCACGAAUAUUGGUAAUUUAGGCCAAAAGAAAACGAAUGGCGGUUCGAACAACAUCGAGAUGCACUCAGCCGGGCGCUCUUCAACGUCGACAUUACCAAUAAUAGACAACGCGACCCCGCUCUCUGGUUCCAGAAAAGGGAGAGCGAGCGAGGAUAGCCUACGAGCAUCGCCUAUUGUCCAGACUCAACCUUCAAAAUUUCCGCCCAUGGAACGCAGGCCAAGCUAUAACUCAAUUGCUGAAGACGAUCGCGAUCGCGACCGUGAGCCUCGGGCAUCAUCCGAAAGGUCUUCAAUAGGCGGGCGAAGGAGUGGGACUCAAAGUCGAGAUCCAAGCCGCGCUCCAUCAAGAAAAGGAACUCCUCUCCCUUCCCCUGUCCAGGAUGAAAUUCGCUUGCCUCCGCCACCUAGCGACAUUUCUGAUGACUAUGCAUCUCAACCAGACGUUUCUAGUCCAGCACCUUCUCGUAGAGACAGUAGCACACCCACAACACGAACCUCCACUAGCACUGCGCCAUUUCCACAAUCGCCCGGUCGGCCGUCACUUUCCGCACCAAGAAGACCUUCUUUACAAGUAACACAGGCGUCAUCUCGGAAAGGUCGAAAGGAAUGGGCGCCACUUACGGAGCAAGAAACCCGAGUAGCAGUAGAGCUUAUAUUUGCGGUGGUCAACGAGGUCUAUACUCUCUCCUCAGCCUGGAACAUCCGCCGAACAUUGCUCACCGCGGCCAAGACGUUUCUUUUGCGGCCAGGGAACCCCUCUUUAUCUUCUAUCCAAUCGCUCAUCCAAGAUUCCGUCAUUGCAACCAAUACUUCUGAUGAAGGCGUUGCAGCUAAUCUUCGCAAGCUUCGACAGAAUGCACUGCCUACCGAGGAAGAACGGAAGGCAUGGCCAGCGGAAAUGUCGAUGGAAGAAAAGGAGAGGCUGCGGGUCAAAGCGAGGAAGUUACUAGUCGAGAGAGGUGUUCCUGCGGCCUUGAGUGGCGUAAUGGGCCAAGCUGCCACUAGUGAGGCGAUGCAACGAGUAUUUGACGCGCUUCAAGUUGAAGAAGUAGCACGGGGUUUAGUAUUUGGGCUCCUAUUGCAAGGCGUUCGGGCAGUCACGCAUUGAAGGCCUCGGCAUAAUAGUAUAUACCUACCUUAAGGUGUAUAGGGGUGUAUGAUUAAAGGCCACACGUUGAUGUUUUUCUUUGGUUAGGUUGUAUAAUUAUGUGUAUAUGAGUAGGUACUUACCUAAGGUACCUUAUGCAGAAGAAAUAUGAUUAACGGUUUAAGCUAUGGUACCUUGUUCUAGAUAAUGUACGUAUAGUAAGGUAGUAGUAACAUC